GCUAUAAAAAAAGAGGGGGAGGUAAAUCAUUAUUUAAGGGAAGAAAGAAAGAAAGAAAGAAACUUGUCCACCGUGCAAUGCACUCUGGGAGGGAUUUCAUUUAUACCGAGAAGGUCUUUUGAGACGGAAACGAGUCGGUAGAACAGAGUUGCCCUUGUCUUUCUGAACUUCUCCACAACCGGACGGGGUCGAGCACCGCAUACGUUUUCUUGUGGACUACGAGCGAGUUUUUGUUGUUGUUUUUAUUUCCCGAGAUGAAUGGCAGGAGACGGGUGAGUCGUGCACAGGCGGAUCUGUUGUCUUGAGUAUCAUUUUUUUUGCAGCCAAUGAAAGAAGUCAAACUUCCCCAUCACACUGAGCCAAAAGUAGAACUUAGCAAAACUUGGGGACGAUGCAGAUGUGGAGCCACGCGAGGGGCCACAAAGGAGGCCCUCCACCGCUAGAAGCGUCCUGGAUGUGUGCUGGCACUGACUAGUCCAAUGGGGCGCCUGUAGGUUGUCCGCCUGAUGGCAAAAUAGUAAGGAUUAAGUCAUGUCUUGAGUCCUCCCACUGACCCCUCUGGUCUUAUUUAUCUAGCUAUUUAUUUUCUGCAGUAUAUCAGUUGUCAUUUUUGAGCUGCAUCUGACGGUGUAGGAACAGUCAGGAAAGCGUUUUACGUCAUGGAUCGGCCAAUAAGUAAGUUGUUGGAGAAGCUGAAGCUCACAGAUUCAGGCAGCGUCAAGUUCAACAGCUCCAAGAAAAAAACAGACGUGGUCGGGAACGCCAACAACAGCAAUGGGAACAGCAGCACCGGCGGCGGUCCCGGUUUGGCAAUGCCCCCCUCACAGCUUCCGCAGCCGUCGUCUGUACAGCCGGAUGGAGAACAAGCGCCUCACGCUUCCACCUUGGCCCCGCUGAGGCGUCGCUCCCCCCAGCAAAGGGCCUCGUGUUACCUGGGCGAAGGCCUGGAUUCCCACCUGCGGCGAGAGUCUGGCCCAGGCCCCGAAUGUGAGGCUCCGGGUCACAAGGCGUCCCUGAACCAGCGCCGCUACUCCCUGGAGCUCCAGCAGCUGGUCCGAAGGCAGCAGCUCCUCUCCCAACCGCCGCCGCCUCCAUACCCCACCGCUGUCGGUUACGGGUCAGCUCCCAGAGGCACGGCCGAGACGGGCUACCUUUCGGAACCGGAGAGACACAAGCGGCUUUCCCUCCAGGAGGCUUUGUUCUACAAACGCCUGAGCACAGGGAGCGAACUGUGGGAGAGCCCGAGACCCGCAUCCUUGUCUCAUCCACCGCACCGUCUGGCCGACGGUUUCUUCUACCCCCCGGGGCCCGCCCUGAGCCCGUGUUCGUCCUUCAGCCUCCAGGAGUCUGUGCUGGUCAGCCCUCGGUCCAGUUUCGCCUCGAGCACGGCCAGCGGGGGAGGAGGAGGCGGAGGGGGUGGCAGCCCCAUGGGGAGCCGCUGCAGCAGCAACCGAACCAGCGGAAUCAGCCUGGGCUACGACUCCCGGUAUUCCAUCCCGCCGCAACAGCAGUCUCCGUCUUUGCAGACGGGACCCAUGUAUGGGAGGACCCCCGCCGAGGCCUGGACUCAAUACCUCGGCGGCGGGAUGCGUCAAGGCGCCUACGACAGCCGGCACUCGUACCCGCCGGCGGUGGGAAGUCCUGCCGCGGCAUGCUACCAGGCGGGCCCCGAGUGGUGGGACGAGCAAAAGUCGGGAGCGAGGGGCAAAGAAGGGGGUGUCGCGCUCGGCGAGAAGAGCCGCCACUCUGACUUGCCCGGGAUGCGCUACCAAGAAGAGCUGACCCGGCUUCUCCUGAGAGACGCGGCACUUGAAGGCAGUGGUCUCUUGGAGGGCCUCAUGCUAAAAGAACAGUCCUUGGCGCUGACGGCUAUGACCAAACCCGGCGCGGCGCUGGGAUCGUCGUCGGCCACCAAGGCUCAGGAGGAUCUCGGGGCUCCCGCCGGACGAGACGCUGCCGAGAACCGUCAGGAAUUCUUUGGGACCUGCAUCAAGUGCGGAAAAGGCGUGUACGGAGCAGACAAUGCCUGCCAGGCUCUGGACAGCCUUUAUCACACGCGCUGUUUCACCUGCGUGUCCUGUGGACGUGCCUUGAGAAACAAGGACUUCUACAACGUGAACGGCUCGGUGUACUGCAAAGAAGAUUACAUGUUUUCGGGAUUCCAGGCCGCUGCCGAGAAGUGCAGCGUGUGCGGCCACCUCAUUCUGGAACAGAUCCUGCAGGCGCUGGGCAACUCGUACCACCCCGGCUGCUUCCGCUGCGUGGUGUGCGCCAAGGCCUUGGACGGGGUGCCGUUCACCGUGGACCAGCACAGCAACAUCUACUGCGUGGCCGACUACAACAAGACUUUUGCCCCAAAGUGCGCUGCCUGUUUGCAGCCCAUCUUGCCUACUGAGGGCAGCGAGGAGAUCCUCAGGGUUGUGUCCAUGAACAAGGACUACCAUUUUGAGUGUUACCACUGUGAGGAGUGUGGCAAGCAGCUCUCCGAUAAGCCCGGCUCGCAGUGCUUCCCGCUGGACUCUCAUCUGCUCUGCCACCCGUGUCACAUGAGCCGAGUGUGCAGCGCCGCCACGCAAAACUGAGGAAGCCCUCCCCUUUGCGUGCUUCGGUUUUAUUGACUCUCAACAUGUAACUGCUGAUUUUAAGACAUUCCCGCGGCUCCUUUUUGACUUGCGCCCGCCCUCCCCUUUGACUCCACUGUACCUGCUGUUGUUCUACUUUUUACUGUAUGGUCACAAAAAAAAAA